UAAAGACAAAGCAAGACAUUGUGUUCAUUGCAGAACACGAUUCGGCGCUUAAUUACAAAUUAGAUCUUAAUUUGCAAACUAAAGCCAAAGACUUGAAUCAUAUGAACGGCUUGUAUGAGAUUUCGCUUAUCAUUGGAGACGCAGUCAUUUCAAACCCAAUCCAAUGGAAGAUCGCAUCAAUUAAUCUUCAACUCUCGUCCUCUCACUCGCCGUCCACUGAAGAAGCGGUUUCUCCGUUUGUCUCCAAACCAGAAAUCAAACAUCUGUUUAGAGAGCAAGAGAUACGUCCGGCGCCUGUCGUGUCCAACGCUUUUUCUAUUCUAGUUUUGCUGCCAAUAGUCAUACUCUUUGGACUCUGGCUCAAGAUUGGUCUCAACUUCUCUGGCUUUCCAUUCACUCUGUCAGCGCUGGUGUUUCACACGGGACUCGCCCUCAUAUUCGGACUCUAUAUCUGUUUUUUCAUUAAACUAAAUAUGUUUCAAACGUGUAAAUACUUGACGGGUUUGGGAGUGAUUACAUUCCUUGCGGGCCAUUCACUGCUCAGUAGACUCGCAAAGAAUAGAAAGUAA